UUUAUGUUUUGCAAGCGCACGUCACGUGUCCAUGCCACAAUUGAGAUGUUCGAAUAUAGGAAAUGGCGCGUUUUAUUUUACGAAACUAAGGGAGUAAUAAUUCAAGUCCUGGUUUGCUUUCUAGGAAAUGCCAGUUUUAUCCUGUGAUGAGAAAUAAACAUCCAUCUUUUUGUCUUUCUUUCUAUGGUGAUGACAAGAUUGCUGUUCGCAACAUGACAGCUCAUUUUUUUGCAAAGGAAAACUUCACAAGCAUAGUACUAUUUCAGGUCCAGGUUAUCAAGUUAUAUUCAUGGAGUGUGAGUAAAUGAAUCAUGGAUUUGUUCUUCCUAAAUAUAUGGAAAUUGUCUCUAUGAGUCUAUUUAUUUGUGAGCGUAAUAAGAUCUUAUAUUAUGGGACGGGGGGAGUACUUUGGAAUGUUGUGGAUAUGAUGUGAUGGCUCGAUGCUUCCUUGGUUUAAUUAAUUAAUUAAUCUUAUCUCGUGUUGUGUAUUCCUUUGUAUCCAACAGUUCUUUGAUGGUAUCCAUACAAGAUACGAUUCGAUCGACAGUACAGACAGAGAUGCAGGGACGACAAGCAGCUUCGCUUCCUAAUGUCAUUAAUGUGCCUCCUAGGCAGAUGUCAGAAGGUUUUCCUGAAACUGGAGGCAUCUCUAGAGUCAAGCUGCGCUUUGUCCAUGUUGACAGACCAGACGAUCCACUUUUCACUGUACCUGCACUCUAUCCUAACUACUUUUGGCUAUGUUAUGCAAUAGAUACAAGGACGACAAGCAGCUUCACUUCCUAAUGGCAUGAAUGAACCUCCUAGGCAGAUAUCAGAAGGUUUUCCUGAAACUGGAGGCGUCACUGGAGUCAAACUGCGCUUUGUCGAUGUUGACAGACCAAUAGAUACACUUUUCACCGGUUGCUCAGUACAAUGGCAGAAUGGAGGAAACGCUAAGGUAGCGAUAUUUGAAAAUGAUAGGCAAAUCAUGCAGGGCGGCCUUUCUAAAUUGCAAAUUGAGAUUUUAGCAGUCCAUGCUGAUUUCUUUACUGAGCAAGGACAGGAGGACUUCACCACAGAGGAAUUCAACAAGCAGAUAUAUAUGCACAAAGGGAAAGAGUUAGUGUUGACAACUGUUAAUCUAAUGAAUGGCGAGUCCUCUCUUGGUUCCUUCCUUUUUCCAGAGAGCUCCCAUGGGAAAAAGUUAAGAUUGACAGCACGAGUGAAAAGGCAGGUUCGUACUACCAGAGUUCAGGAAGCAAUCAGUGAUCCUUUUGUCGUCAAAGACCGCCGAAGCGAAUUAAAUAAAAAGAGCUAUCCUCCGUCUAAAGAAGAAGCGGUACAUUGUUUGGAGAAAAUUUCUCUAAAGGGAAAACAUUGUGCUAUCCUUGUUGAAAACAAGAUCAGUACAGUGAAGCACUUGAUGCGUCAUUAUCAUGGAGAUGAAUCCGGUCUCCAAAAGCUUACUGGCAUGAAGAAGGGGGCUUGGAAUACCAUGAUUAAUCAUGCCACCACGUGUGUUCCUGGGAAUGAGAUAUAUUCCUAUUGGGUUCCAGAGGAUAAAUGUGAAAUCGUAUUCAAUGAUUUAUAUGGUCUCGUUGGUAAGAUGACUGAUGAUGACUAUGUUCCGUACAGUGCCAAUGACGUCGAUCAGUUUCCGCAGCAUAAAGUGAACAACUGGAAAAAGUCUGCAUAUAAGAAGUUUGACGAGCGCGAAAGCUCAGGGCAUCUUACCCCUGAUUACUUCAUGAUCAAUGGCCGCCCAGUCCGUGCAGUGCCCCAUGAUGUGGGUCCUUCGGUUCAAGAAUUUGGUGAUCGACGUCCAUUGAAUGGGUACUCACAGGCGGCAGUCCUGUCAAACAACGACGCUGGUCCUUCAAACCAAGAAACACUGCCGUUUUCACAGCCCACAUAUGAACAGAGUGUGCAUCAAGGACUUGGCCAGCACGAUCCUUGUACGUCACAGAGCGGAACUCCUUACUAUCUGCCCCAGGGAAAUUUCAUAAAUGAUCAGGGACAGGGAUCAUUUUCAGCAGAGCCAACUGUUCCGUCCCACAUUCCUGUACCAGUUCCAGAGGAUGACCAGAUCACAUUCACAGCUGCAAGUCUAACUGGCCAACAGAAUGGACACUUCAGCCUCUCGACAACCGAUGCUCCUGUUACUUCUUAUCCUGUAGCAGGUGUUGCUGGGACUUCCUCAGAUGGAGUUAGUUUGGGAACCUCUUCACCUAACCAUGUGCAGACUGACAUGCUCAGUGGGUUAACUCCGAUUGAAUUCCAGGUAUGGCUAGAACUACAAGCACGUCUGGCAGCCCAGGAUUUUGCACAAGCUAACAGCGAACUGCCGAAUUCCGACAGCCAAUUUCAUGGUUAUGAACAUGAUGGUGGCGACCACUGACUAAACAUGAAGCAACUGCAACAGGCUGUCCUCUACCAUAGUCAAGUAUUCAGUGUAACUAAAAAUUUGGUUGUAGAUAUGAAUAAUUUGUAAAUAGCAACACAUAUUUUUCAGAUUGCACCAUAUAUGCUAAAUUUGCUCCUGUUGCAGUAGACAUUAGUCUUGUACUAUUCUUAAAGAGCAACCUUUUAGAAAAAGACAGUAUCUGGCUUGCAUUGAAUUCCAAGAGCAAAUAUUCGUAUUGCAGAAGUUGGUGUAAUCCUGUUAAUCCAUCUUUUUGCAAGUUGAGUUUUUCCU